AAACAUGGUGCAAGUCUGAUCAAGAAAUCCAUUGAUGGAGGCGCACCUAUACAUUUCGCCGCAUCCAGAGGUGCAACUGAAGUAAUUGGCUUAUUACUUGAUAGCGCUAAUAAUAAACGUAGAAAAGAUGGACUAACAGCAUUGCAUAUAGCAGCUUCAAACGGCUAUCCUGAUGUCGUGGAAGCCCUGAUACAACAUCACGCCCCUGUGGAUGCUCGUGACUUUCAAUACCGGACACCGUUACAUUUAGCGGCAUCGUUUGGACACACCGCAGUAAUGAUCAUAUUGAUGCAAUCUGUAAGCAUAGAAAAAUCAGUAUGUUUCCAGAAUAUCGUAGAUGUUGUUAUGUAUGUAAGAAUACAGCGACUUGUUGUACUGCACCUAACGUGUUAG